CAGGCUUUAUGGCGUCUUUCCGUUUGACUAUACCAGUCGGUCUUCAAAAAUCAGAUACCCUGGUCAGCGAAACCCCAUAAAUCUGCGCCUGAACGAAAAAUGUUCCUUGAUAGGGAGUAUUUAUUGACCGUCCGAGGCUGGAGAGAUGGCGGAGGUCAAACUUAUCGUGGCAGCCAUUGGAAAGCUAGAGGCUGAUACACAACGUGUCCGAACCGAAGGUCUUGAAGCUUUGAAAAGCGCACUCUGCCAAGGCAGGACCACAUCUCGAAUCAACGUCCUAGAAGAUGAUGUCUUCCACAAGAUCUUUGAAUUGCUUUACACCAUCAUUGCCAGAGAGAAGUCAGCUUUCACCCGUGCUGUCAAGCCAACGACGAAGAAUAAUGCUGCAUCUCGUCUCGAAGUCGCUGCAGCAGCCUUUAGACUCGUUGUGGAGGCAGGAUCUUCUAACGUGUCUUUCAAAACUGCACUGUCCGUUCUAGACCAUGUUGUUGACACUUUGCCUUUGUCAGAUGGGUCCUUCUGCAAGCCCCUCAAGACCGACUAUCUCAAGGCCUUCCGUUCCAUCUUGGAAUAUUCUCCCCAUGCAGAGCAUAUGCGUCCUAAAAACUGGCAAGGCUAUGUUGACUUCGUUCUGGAGGCAUUGUCCUUAGGUCUUGAGGAUGACCAAGUAGAUGAUGAUCUUGUGACUAGCCGAGAGACUAGUAUGGCCUCUCGAUCCGGCUUGCAAUUAUCCAUACGCCACAGUCAACGGAGUAGGAGGACCCUUGGAAAAGACAUUGCUUCAUACGUUGAAGAUCUCGCUGUCGCCUUGAAAGGUCUUACAUCUGUGACAAAUGCACCAGUCCCAACACGCUCUGCAGCCAUCGCCGAGGUACUGAUCUCUCUUUUGAACUCGACUACCCGGGGACAAGAGCCUUUAUUUGAGAUCUUGAACAACAUUAUCUUUGUUUCAUUGACAGAGAAUGUCGCCUUGAUACGGUCAAUGCUAAUGGAGCUCAUUCCGAUCAUACGGAGGCUUUGGGUCAGCAAGUCAAGUCUGCUGCGGGAACAAAUGCUCAUCACGCUAUUCACAUGUCGGUACUUCUUUCUCUCCACAAGCGAGCCGUGGCCACACGUUGGUGUUGAUCGUAUUGAAGCUCUCAUGCGAACCAUUCUGUCCGAGUAUCAUCAUCGCAACGAGAGAGAAAUCCUACACUUUGACGAUAUGCGCCCUGACGCCGAGGGAAGUGAUCAGCCGCUGCGACUCAGACAAUUCCUACCAUUGAGAGAAUCAUCUCGAGCUUUGUCAUGCUUUAUGACCCUCUCAGUCGUUUCAUGUCUUAUUUUGGGAUUAGUCGCCUCUGGUAAAUCGAUGCGACCUGAGCAGUAUUCUGAAGACACAUCUCGGAAACGGCAGAAGACCCAAAGCCCUUUCGACGAAGUUUUACAAAGCGCUGCAGUUAGUCCAGGUCAGGAGAGGCUGGUUAGCUUGCAGAUCUUACUUUUCCUCCUUGAUCAACCACACACACUCGAUGAGAAGCUCUUUGUCGGAGUUUCCAAAUUGAUACCGGCGUUGACUCACGAAGAUGGCAAUGUACAAACCUGGACGUUUCUGAUUUUCUCACGAGUAUUAGUCUCUCCACAGUCCACUACAAGUUCGUCAAUCGACUGGUUGCGGGUUUAUGAGGCUGCGCAGGGAGCAUUGUCUAUCCCAGCGGCAGCUCGAGCAGCCUGCCAACUUCUCAAUGUCAUUUUGGAGACGGAGGUUCUUGGCUCUGCACUGACGGGAGCAUCUCUCCACAAUGCUGUGUUCGGAGGAUCUAACAAUGGACCCUGUUUAUUCACCGAUACCGCCUUGACCCUCUUGACUACUGCUCUUGGAUCUGGUUUAUUUGAGACUGGGAAGCUCUUUGAAGACUUCUGUCUGAAAACCCUGAGUUGGUUGACCGCCAGGUGGACUCUUCCUCCUACACUUGAUCGCCUGUCCAACUCGCAAAUUGCGUUUCAUGGCCGACCCUCUCUCUUGUACCUGCUUUUGACGUCUAUGUGUGGCUCUUAUGAUAGACCCUUGCCUCGAGAGGACUGGUCACCUUCGCACCCGUUGUGGCGAGCAUCAUUGAUUCCAUUUGAUGAUCUUGACUUUCUGCGUUACCUUCUCUGUCUCCCUCCACAUGAGCCCAAAGGUGCUCAAACCCUGGGACAUGGAAGUCCUCAGAUUGACUCCGUUACAGCUUCCCACACCACAAAGGCUGUUAUCGACUUUCUGAACGGCCGAUUAUCCGACUUUAUGUGUUCAUGGGAAAGUAUACGAUCUGAGCGAGGUUUCAAUAUCACAAGUGAUAUUGCAACAAUACUGGCCGUGGCAUCUACCGUAGCCACCGGUGUUUGGACCAAAACCGGCAAGCAUUCUCAAAGUGCUCAGCAAGAUCCGUCCCACGCCAAAAGCCGUGACACGAUUGAGGCUUUUACCAGAGACCAGAGUGAAGACAUGCGCAGACUAGUGACCGGACGUUUCUGCGAGUCGACCUUGCAGAUAUACGAUAAAAUUGUCCAGAGCGAUGAUGAAGCCGCUCCUGAGGCAUACCAACCGGUGAUAGAGUUAGCAUUGAGACUCACAAGCUUGGUCACCGACCAGGAUACGACAAGCUCAGAUUCAAAAAACCUAUCUGAUUUUGAAAUCAUGGAUAUAGACACAUGGGAUUCCCAAUCUAGCCAGCGAGGCCAACAUAAUGUCUCAAGUGCCAUGAGGAUUGAUCUGCCGCUUUGUAGCGACACAUCAUCGCUCCUGACAAGAAAUAAGGUGGAGCUUAUCACCGCACUACAGGUAAUCAAGUCAAGUCGUUCUCUCGACCCCGAGACCGCUUCUGUGGUUGUUGAUCAGAUUCUGUCUUUGGAUCCAGAUUCGUUACUCGCUGCCCGUGGCGCUGUCAAGGAUUUUUUCGGCCUAAACCCUGGUGUCACUCGUAUUGACGCUCAUCGACUCCUUGGUGACCUCGCCAAAAGGUACAUGCAAGACUACCGAUUCGAAAGGUGUGAAGCUGCCUUAUGCUUCUGUCUCUCUACUAUGCAGAGUCUUUCAAGAUUAUGGACAACUCGGGAGGAGACUGACGAUCUACGUGAAACUGCACUCGAUAUUUACGACUGGUUUCUGAACACCGCUCUUGGGAAGCAAAUUGCUAGUCGCAGAGUGCUCCUACACAUCACAAACUUGCUAGACUCGCUUAUGAGACAGAAUGCAUCCUUCGAUGAAGAAGAGCUCCCUUCUCCCAGAACUAGCCUACUCCAUAUUUUGAAGGCUGGUAAUGUCACGACGAAAUACGGGUUAGGCAAGAAAUUAACCCGCAUAUUUGAGAAAUAUGUUUUGAGUCAACAUGAGGCUAUUUUCGACGAUAUCGUUGAAAAUCUGCCCUCUGACCCGGAUAACAAGGAAGGUAUUGCCGUUCGGCUCCAUGUCAUAGCACAACUUGGUGCUCAUUGGCAUACUGUACUGCGACAAGCCACUUACCAUACCUUUGAGACGGUCGCAAAUGUACCAUCGACAAUGCCAAUGGCCACAGCUUGCAUUGCAGAGAUGUGUACGACACUUGGCCUGAAAUCACCCCGGGUUUUAUUUGGGCUUUUUGCUCCACAGAUAUUCUACACUUGGCUGAGUAGAGGCUCUCUGGCACAAAUUCCUUACCUUGCUUUCAGCUACAUUUCUCUUAAGGAGCUUGCGUUGGACAAUAUCGCAGAACUCGUUGGUCAGAUUGCACUCCGAGGCUCGAGCCAUGCGGAAGAGCUUGCGGUUCUUGUCGAACAAGAGUGGUUGUCCCUUCUGUCCGAUCAUUUUCCGUAUGCUGAAGCCUAUACCCUUGCGUCUGAAACCAGUGUACCGAAACAAGAGCGCAUCUACGAUGGAUCAGAGAAACUGAUACGUAAACAACUUGGAUCUGAAUCUUAUUUGAGGCUGUUACGUUACAAUCUUCCCGAGAUUGUCGCUCGUCUGGUAAUAACGCUGCAAGAUGACCGCGCAAUUGACAAAUCUUUCGAGAAGAAUGACGAAACAUCUGCUCUUUGUGCAUGGCAAGAAAUGGCCUCCAUGUCAGAUUCAAACACACAGAUUCCACUUUCUCAGCAGCCUUCUUUCAGAGCCCGAUGUUUGUUAGACGAACUCAAUUACUUAUACCAACGACUUGAUAUUCAGUCUACCGACGUCUGGACCUCCGCCUUGUUGAUUCAUGUCUAUAGACAGCUGCUCGAGAGAAUAUAUCCAGCACUGGGCUCGUUGCAUGUUUGUAGCAUCAUUCGGAAGAUUCGUAUUGCAGUCAGCCUUGCAGGCCCAGUUGCCCUGGAAGGCUAUCCACUGGAAAUGAUUUUGCACAAUCUGCGACCAUAUCUUACGAUGUUUGAGUGUGCCGAGGACACAAUGGCGAUUUACCAGUAUUUGUUAAAAGCUGGGAAGGCCUAUCUCAACAAAAAUCCAUCCUUCAUUGCUGGCUUAGGUGUAGCAAUCUUCACUUCUCUUAUUGGCUUCAUGGGUUCCUCUCAAGAUAGCACGACCCAGGAAAUUCAUUUCGUUUCGACAAUGAACAAGGCGCAGGCCUUUCGAAGCUACCUUGGUGAUUAUCUCGACUCUAUGAGUCUCGCAGAGGGAACUGAAAAGGCGAGGUCGACCUUCCAGUCUCUUGUGCAACACGCCAAAGCCAUAACAUCCUCAGGGAACAGCUCAAAAAGUUCAAGCGAAGGAAGCCUGCUGCAAGUUCUUCUCGCUGAUAGAGCCUCAGAGGAACCUUUACUUACAAAUAUCCACUUUGACAUCGCUAUUGGUAUUCUGUGUCAGCAUUUCCAGCCUGCAACCAGCCGUUCGGAUGAUAUUCUUGAAGAUGAUCUCCAAGCAGCGCAGUUCUCUCCUAUCUUAGGCACAAUCGUCAAAAGGAUCAACUUGAACCAGCCAUUCCGCAUAUGGACUGCAGAAAUAAUUGGCCGGGGGCAUAUCAUGCGCGGCUUGCGCUUUAAUGCUAGAAGGGAAAAAUCGAUCGAAUAUCCUUCAGACGUAACCCAAGUUGAGCCGGAUCAGGACGCCAUACAUUCUUAUACCAGUAUUGUUGAGUUUCUUUUAGAUCUCAUAUGGGGCUCCGACUUUACUGCCUCAGCCUAUGCCGAAAAAACUCUGCAACUGAUAUUCAGUGGCAUGCCCGAUAGAUCUCAAGAUGAUGUGCUCCAACAAAAAGUCGAAAGGGAUUUGAUUCAUCAGCUGAAGUACAAGCAUUUCCCAUGUCCUGCGAUCCCUCUCCCACAACCAAGUAUCCUGACUGCGGAAAGACUGCCCUCCUCCACCCACGAGAAUGGGAGUUGGGCUAGUGAUAUCGUGGCUGAAAUCAGUGACUCUGCAGCUCACGAUCCAGUUUUGAGCUUUCUCAAGCCCAUUGCGCUUGCACUCUCGGGUUCCGCGGACAUCUUACUACCAUUUGCCGCGCACCUGGUUCUUCUCCGAGAGAUAAAUGCGCAGCAGACAUUCAAAGACAAAUUAUCCCACGGGUUCACAAGUGUUUUCCAUUCGGGCUCACGAUCGCCCGAAAAGCCACGUCGACUAGCUUUGCAAACUCUCUUAUACCUGCAAAGAUGCCGAUUUCCAAAUGAGACCAAUAUUACUGCGCGGAAUUCUUGGCUCGAUAUUGACUUGGGUGAUGCUGCCAUUGCUGCGGCCGAAUGCCGAAUGUGGCAUGAAGCACUCUUGUUGUUAGAACUGCAGCACUCGUAUGCCGGGCUACAAUCUGGCCGCUCGUCCCGAAGGUCAUUUGCAAGCGCCAAAAGCGUCCCUGGAGAAGUGGUUGCGAAAGUUUAUGAAAAUGUUGACGACCCUGACUUCUUCUAUGGUAAAAAACAAGAAUUCGACCUUGCUGAAGUCGUCAGCAAAAUGACACAUGAAGGCGCAAGCCAAACAUCGCUUUCUCUGCACAGCGCAAUGCUUGACACGCGGUUGAGAAUGGGCGACCAGGGGCAGUCUUUUGCUUCCAUUGCACAAGUUACUGCAUCCUCGUUGAGUGCCGCAAACAUGCAAGGUAUUUCUGAAGCUGUAAGACAAUACUACGAAGAUUCUGGCAACAACACGGAGCUUGCUAUGGGACUGCUGCCCAACAGUGACUGGGACGUCCAGCCCAUGAAUCGAUCAAUCACAUACUCCAAGGACAUGUCCACCUGGCUACAAGAUCUCUAUCACACGACCAAGAAGCAGGAUUUGAUCGAUAAAUUAGAUCAAUCCUUACUUUUACUCAUUGAUGACAUGGAAGCCAGCGUUUCCGGCAAUGCUCAGACCAGCGAUAUCUUGACACAUUUGGCCAUACGUGGAGAAAUCAAGCAGAUCAUGUUGGCAAAAAGUCCGGAAGACUUGGAAGUUGUGUGGGCGAGAAUUGAGGCAAGGGAUGAGCGGGUCAAGCUAGUCGAGUUCGAAAGACUGUCUCCAAUACUUGAUGGAAGAGAAUCAUCAUUUGCUGCCAUGCGGCGGAACGUCAAUCUGCAAGCCGCUUUCUCCUUGAGUCCAAACCAAGCCCUCCGCAAUGAGGUUCGGGCAGCCAGACACUCACUUGAGCUAGCAUCCAAGUUUGAUGUGCCACAAUUCUGUCUAAAUCGAACUUUGUACUUGUCAGAACUCAAUCAGGUAGCCAAUCAAUCGGGAUUGGAGGUAGAUGUUGCCGUCCGAUACGACCUUGCAAGAACAUUGUGGUCCCAGGAUGAAACAGCUGUUUCGAUUGGCAUCUUGCAAAAGUUGAAGGAGCGCGAUGAUACGGCCAAACAAGCCAUUCCGGUCACGAGAGCAGCCAUCUUGACUGAACUUGGUCACAGGAUCGCCGAGGCUCGCCUCGAGAAGCCAGAUGAAAUUAUUUCCCGAUACCUUAUACCUUCGUUUGAGGAGAUACGCGGCCACGAGAACGGAUCAGAGGCUGGCAGGGUUUACCACAACUUUGCAAGUUUCUGUGACACGCAACUUCAAGACACUGACAAUCUGGACGACUUUACCAGAAUCAGCAAGAUCAGAGAUCGCAAAGACCAGGAGGUCCGAGAACUUGAACAAAUGUACAAGAGCAGCCGUGAUGAUCGACAAAAGAAACAAUUGAAGAUACACCUGGACAGAGCACGAACGUGGUUCAAGAUUGAUGAUGAGGAAUGGAAACGCGUGCGGAGCAAUCGAGAAGAACUCAUACUAAAUUGCCUGGAGAACUACCUUCUUUCGAUGAAGGCAUCUGAUGACUACCCGAACGAUACUCUUCGACUUCUGGCUUUGUGGCUCAAUCAAGCGGAAAGUCGAGAAGCGAAUAAGGUGGUUGGCAAACAUUUACCUGGUGUGCCUACUAUUAGAUUCGCCCCCCUGGUCAAUCAGCUUUCGUCGCGCUUGCUCGACAUCAAAGAUGAUUUCCAAAAAAACCUUAUGGAUCUGAUGUUUCGAAUCUGCUCUGACCACCCCUACCACAGCCUCUAUCAACUUUUUGCUGCGAGUAAGAGCAAGGCACUGAAACAAGAUGAGGUUGCUGUCUCUCGCAACCAUGCCGCCAUCAGACUGUCUGAAAUAGUCAACAAGAAGAGUGUCUCAGCUGCAAUCUGGGUGGCGCUCCACAACUCUUGCAUCCAAUUCCACCGAGUUGCUUCGGAGAGCCUUUCAGAGAAGGAGAAACGACAGGGCUCGAAAAUUCAACUACGGAAACUGCAAUCUGGUCAGAAACUUGAGAACGUCUUAUCCGAGGCUCACACUAGGAUCGCUCCGCCAACCUUGAAUAUCCCUCUCCGGCCUGAUCACGACUAUUCGAGUGUGCCUACAUUUGUAAAGUUCGACCCAAUGAUUUCUAUCGCUGGUGGGUUGUCGAAUCCCAAGAUCGUCACCAUGACUGCUUCCGAUGGGCAGCGAUACAAGAUGCUUCUCAAAAGCGGAAAUGAUGAUUUACGUCAAGAUGCGAUCAUGGAACAAGUCUUUCAACAAGUUUCGGAUCUUCUCAAAGACCACCGUGCCACUCGACAGCGGAAUUUGGACAUUCGAACAUACAAAGUCAUUCCCUUGACAACGAAUUCGGGUAUCAUUGAGUUCGUCAAAGACACUCUCCCACUGCAUGACUACCUUCUACCAGCCCAUGAACGCUUCUUCCCGAAGGACUACAAGCCCAACAAAUGCAGGAAAGAGAUUGCGGAAGUUCAGACGAAAGGUCUGGAGCAACGUCUCCGUACCUACCGAACUGUCACGGCCAACUUUCAUCCAGUCAUGCGCUUCUUCUUCAUGGAGAGAUUCCCCGAUCCCGACGAUUGGUUCUACAAGAGAUUGAACUACAGCCGCUCCAUGGCCGCGGUCAGCAUCCUCGGUCAUGUUCUGGGGCUUGGUGAUCGACACGGCCACAAUAUCCUCCUCGACGAGAACUCGGGUGAAGUGGUCCACAUCGAUUUGGGCGUGGCGUUUGAAGCGGGUCGAGUCUUGCCGAUUCCAGAAGUCGUGCCCUUCCGUUUGACACGAGACCUGGUCGACGGUAUGGGUCUGACCGGCGUCGAGGGUGUUUUUCGGCGGUGCUGCAAUUUCACGCUCGAAGCGUUGCGUGUGGACCAAGAAUCCAUCAUGACCAUCUUGGAUGUGCUCAGGUACGAUCCCUUGCACACGUGGUCCAUCUCGCCCUUGCGACUACAGAGGAUGCAAGAAAACAACGAACAAGCCGAAGCCACCGCAGCAGGUGCCGGCGCUGGUGCCUCUGUUGCCGCCGGUGUCGAUGGUGGUGGCGGUGGUAUGUUGCCACAUGAUUUGGCGAGUCGAAGAGAAGCCAAUGAGCCUAGCGAGGCAGACCGUGCCUUGACCAUCGUCGCGAAGAAACUGGGCAAAGCGUUGAGCGUGGAGGCCACCGUGAAUGAACUGAUCCGACAAGCGACGGAUGAAAGAAACCUUGCAGCGUUGUUUUGUGGAUGGGCGGCUUAUGCGUAGUGCGUGACCGAUGAAGAUUUCAAGAUGAGAAGAAAUGUUGAAUAUGCAAUCGAAAAUGCAGAAGAGACUGUCAAGUUGAAUUGGGGGUUUUCGGGGCCUUCAAGAGGUAGAC